AUGUUGAGGCACGGUCCUAUUUACUUGCUAAAAUACUUAGCAGGCACACGCGCCCGUGUUGGGGGCUCGGCUGCGAACCUUGUCCAACAUUACUUGGAGCUCGACAAUGCAUCACGGCAUGUCGCCAAUGUGCCCUCUUCGCAGCGGUAUUUUUAUGAGAAAGGGAAAGAUGACCAUGAUGGGUUAUCACAGAGGCAGAAGAUGAUUCAGCUGCGGCUUGGCGCCGCACAGAUGCUGGCUCCGUCGCAACAUCAAAUCGGUAAUCAUAACAACGCUCAUCCGCUGUACUACGCGCAGACCUCCCCGCGUGAGGCUGGCCUCUGCGUUCCCCUCGUAAUAGCUUUAAGAAACCUCAAGAUUCGACAGCUCACGGAGCUGCAGGGGGCCCUCAUUCCCCUCAUCCUCAAGGGCAAACAUGUCAUCGCGCACUCAGAAACGGGUACCGGAAAGAGUUUCGCUAUUGCGCUCGCCAUCGCGAACCGUAUUAUUCGAGGUGGCAUCAACUACCGCCUCCACACGAUUAUCUUGGUGCCGACGGAGGAACUAACCCUGCAGUACGACAAGUGGUUUCGACACUUCGGCGGCUGCACCUCGCAGGUCGUGCAGGCCGCGAUCGAUAGCAUCCCACUCGAAGCCCAGCUCGCGAGGCUGCAUAACGUUCAGCCGCACGUGCUGGUCGGAACGCCGCAGCGGAUUGCUGAUAUCAACCGCCAUAGCCCCACAACCAUCGGGGAGAAGCUUCGCCGGAAGGUGGACUGCGUUGUGCUCGACGAGGCGGAUUUGAUUCUUUCCACGCCUGUCAACUACGGCCGGCAACGGUUGAGCGGCGCCAACAUCGUGGAUCGCAUCUUUCGCAGCCAACCAGACGAGGUACCCGCUCAGUUGAUUGCCGCCAGUGCGACCGUCGACGGCGCCACCGCGCAGCUGCUAAACACGUGGACUCGCAACGACAAGGCGGUGCGGCUGACUACGAGCUUCGUGGAGCAUAGUAUUCCCCCGACCAUCAGUUUUUACUUCUUCUCCGAGACCCGGGCUUACCCACUUUGCAAAGGGUUGGAGCUCAUCCUGAGGUUGAUCUGUCGGCAAGUAGAUCUCCCACGUAUUCUGCUCUUCACGGAAGAGGAACAGGUGAUGCCGCUUUGUCGAAUGCUCGUGGAGCAGCUUCAGCCGAAUAUUCCAGAGGCGGAGCAGUUCCUGAAGGGCGGGCGCAGCAAUCGGGAACGCUUCUUCGCCGCCCCCCUCUGCUCAACGCUACCGCAGACGCAAGACGACGGUACGUCAGUGCAUACACGCGGCCAAAAUCCUCUUGAAAAUGGCGUGAGUCCUGGAGCUUCCUCGAGCCCGCGACGGAGCCAGCUCAUCGCACAGGCACGCCACGUCUACGUCAAGGAUAGCAGCACCCUCUCUAAGCUUAACGAAGGGGAUCUCUUGAUUGGGGUUUCCAGCUUCGCGAUUAGCCGAGGCCUGCACGUGGAUGGGGUUACCCAUGUGAUUCUCUACGGCAGCUGCCCGCCUGCCACGCAGUUCGUGCACUGCGCCGGUCGCACGGGCCGCAUGGGGGCGGAGGGCGACGUUAUCGUUCUCUUUCCACCCUCUUCCGGGCGAACCGUUCAACAGGUUUGCCACUCGCUGGAUCUCUCCUUUAAGCCUGGCAAGCUCGAGACGGUGGCGGAUAUGCUGAGCAGCGAUGACUUUUCUACCGCUGGGUCACUAAAGACACUGUCGGAUGAAAACGAGUACUUAGCGGCUGAGAUUAGAAAAAAGAAACUGAAGUACCUGCAUGAAGAUACCUCACUUCUCCCUUCACCUAGUUGA